CUGCAGUGGGCCGAGUCCAGCUGAAGCUCAGGAAGACACUGAAGGGUCACCUGGCUAAAAUCUAUGCCAUGCACUGGUCCGCUGACUCCAGGUCAAUGGUCAGUGCAUCCCAGGAUGGCAAGCUUCUCAUCUGGGACUGCUUCACAGGAAACAAGCUGGUGGCUGUCCCUCUAAAGUCAGCCUGGGUGAUGAGCGUCGCCUUCGCCCCCUCUGGUAACCUGGUGGCCAGCGGCGGUCUGGAUAACAUGUGCACAGUGUACAACAUCAAGGCUGCCAGCCCCAAGACCCUCAGGGAGCUGGACGCACACACAGGUUACCUGUCCUGCUGCCGUUUCCUUAGCGACACUGAGAUCCUGACAGCCUCAGGUGACACCACCUGCUGUCUGUGGGAUCUGGAGACUGGCAAGCAGAAGAUCGUCUACACCAACCACAUUGGAGACUGCAUGUCUCUGGCUCUCUCCCCUGACGGCAACUCCUUCAUCUCUGGAGCCUGCGACUCCCUGGCCAAGCUGUGGGACCUGAGGUCAGGGACCUGCAAGCAGACCCUCUCUGGACACACCAGCGACAUCAACGCCAUCUCUUUCUUCCCCAGUGGGAACGCCGUCAUCACAGGUUCCGACGACUGCAGCUGCAAGAUGUACGACCUGCGCUCCGACCAGGAGGUGAUCAACUACCAGGACACCAGCCUGAACGCCGGCGUCACGUCUCUGGCUCUCUCCAACUCAGGCCGCCUUAUCUUUGCCGGCUACGAUGACUUCAACUGCCACAUCUGGGACUCACUGAAGGGAGAGAAAGUUGGUGUGCUGUCUGGCCACGACAACAGGGUGAGCUGCACCGGUGUCCCCGAGGACGGCAUGGGCGUCUGCACAGGAUCCUGGGACAGCUUCCUCAAACUGUGGAACUGAGGCGUCCCGGCUGAAGGAAAACACCGGGCAAGGGAGAGGAGGAGGAGGAGAGGAAGAGGAGGAAAGAGGGAGGAAAAGGGUGAAGUUAGGAAGGAGAAGAGGAGAGGAAAACAAUCUAGGAGACAGGUGAAGUUGGAGGUUGUUUGGUGCACACGUUGGAGCACGGAUCCUCCUCUCUUCUCCUCUUUCUCUCUCCUUCUUCCUCAUUCAUGUAUGCAAAAUCUGAGAGGUUGCGAAUGAGUCACGUUGUAUAAAUGGCAUCAGGUAAAACAAAAAAGUGCACGAUGCAUCCCGCUGUAUGUACAAGAGAGUUUUAUUGUUGUCAAGACGAUUUAAACGACGAAAAAAAUAAGAAAGAUUUGUAAAAAAAUAGCACAUUAUUCAAAAAUGAUUACCGAGAAGAAAUUAAGCUCUUAUUGAGAAUGUCAAUUAAACUCAUAUAGAUUUUUGACAAUAAAAGAAAGAACACUUGAAUAUUGAAAAUAAGACUGUAGGAUUACAGAUUUAUUUUUAUUGUCUUCGACCUGUAAACGAGCCCUGCACUUAUUUAGAUGAAAGAUCGAUAUGUACAUUUAUUUGUAUUUUAUAGUUUAACACAUUAGGAUGGGAAGUUGGUGUACAGUGUCUUUAUUUUUUCUGUAUUAUUAUAAUUUUUUUGGGGCUGCACAUAUCCAGAGUAUAUGUGUACGGUAGAGCAGCCACCUCGGGUCCGCUGCUAACACCCAGCAGCCUUCGGUCCGAGGUGGCUGCUGCUGUUUCUGCGUCUCACUGUAAAAAUCCAAAGACGUACCCAGACGAAUGAAGGUUGGAAGGAGGAGCCGGGCUGUGAGACCGGCUGCCGGGUGGCGCUCUGACCUGUGAAACACUCUGUAAAGACCCAAGAAUGUCGUUUUACUCCCCUGGGUUCAGCUGCAUUUUGUAGUACUUUUACACUCGUGCAGUUCCUCUGUAAAAAGACGAAAUGUUUGUUGAAAAUCUUUCUAAUAAACAUAGAAUUCUGCAUU